AUGGACGAAGAACAGUGGGAUGAAGUGAAAAAAGGGAGUCUUAUUCCCCUGGAGCCGGUGGUGUUUUCCAGCUCUACUUCGCGGCGGUGCCAGCUGCUGCAUCAAUUGCAAGACACACUUGCCAGAGACUCUCAAUUACCUUCCCAGCUAUACAAGAAAGUUCUACUUCUGCUAUUCAGAACGUACCCAGUCUAUAUCGACCGUGAAUCCCGCCACGCCGCCCAAAGCUGUGCGAAAGCCGUAUUCCCUUCGAUACCGUGUACGGACCUCCCAGCAUUCGCUCAACUCCUUCGGAAGGAAUCCUCAAAUGCUGCAGUAGCGCCUGCGAACGCUUUUGUCUUGGUUGAAUGGUGUGCUACGCUGCUACAGUACCUGAGCACACGACUCGAUGACUACUCUCCGUUGGUUCUAGAAUCAGUGUCUGCCAUCGGCAAGGCUUUAGAAACAUGCCUGGGGACUUCGACAAAGCAGAGCUUGAAGCAUUCAGCAAUAAUUAUUACUCGACGGGCAUUACGUGCUGUGUUUUCUGCAGAAUCCCAUGGCAGCAACCUAGUGCGUGAUGUAGUUCCUUCCCUGAUCAAAGAGGCGACAUCAGGCUUCAAAAAUGCACCUAUAUUGGGAGUUAUCUGCGGCGUUUGCGCUCGACUGCCAAAUAGGAAGGAUGAUUUAGACGCAGUGAAGGGCGAUAUCUUCCAGUUCUACUCCAAGGAAAUUGUUGCUUCCAGGAUUCCUGUUCCACGACAUAUCCACGAAGGGAUCCGGGACCUCUUUACAUCCUUUUCUACAAAGGAGGACCUUCAGAAGUAUGUCUGGCCCACAGUGGAAAAGGCCAUUCUCAGAAGCCCCGAAAUUCUUCUUGCCGGUGUUCUCACCUCUCUAGCUUCUUCAAUCCCCGUGGAAAUCGACCUCUCUGAAGUUUUCUCAUCCUCCAUUUGUAAGCAAUUGCUUGCAAACAUUAAAUCAACAAAUGCGGUUAUACGAAAGGGCGCAAUUGAAGCGCUUGAAGCCUUUAUACCCCGGUGCAGGGACGAAAAGUCACUUCUGAAGGUCGUUGACGAAGUAGUGACCCCGUUAAAAGCGCAAAAAAUUCCGAAUGUUGAACAGCGUGCUCUUCAGGCGCAACUUCUGCGAGUUGUACCGUGCUCCUCCAGCGCAUCUCAGGCUAUUCUAACAGGGCUUUCUGCUGCUGUACUUCGUGAGAGUAGUGAAGUUGCAUUAGAACCGGAGAUAAAAUCCUUCUGCCACCACCUCACGUUCCUUGUGUCAUCCAGGGCUGAUGUCAGUAAGGAAAAUUUCACUACCGUCAUCAAGGGAUGCGAUGAUAAACGAGCUGGAUUCCGUAAAACUUGGCUUGUGAAUAUGGGCGAGUUAUUCUGGAAUUGCGAUAAUUCUGCUCUACAGUCAUCUCAAACGUUCAGCAAAGAGUGCUUGCACCCAGUUUUGACAAGAUUGCACAAGUCAUUCACUGAGAUUUCUGCCAACCCAAUACCCUCGUUACAGGGAGGCACAAUUUCUAUAGCAAAUGUCCUUACAGCAUUAUCAUUUGAGAAGUUCUGGAAUGGGGAUAACCUGCCCUAUCCAAUUGAGGACAUAUUUCCGACGGCCCUUUCAGUUUCUCCCAAGCCAUCCUUUUUACUAAACCCAAAAAUUUAUACGAAGCUCUCGUCUGCAGAAGAGCUUGAGUGGGCUCUCCGCGCAUUAUUUGCCGUUACCGUACAGCCAGGAUUCGAAACCUCUGAUGAGCAAGUCAAGGAAGCAUGGGCCCAAGCAUCUAUCUAUCUGGUAUGUUCUUUGGCUUCACCCCCAAAGAUCCGACAGCUUGCAACCGGCCUGUUGCGACGUUGCUAUUUUAAACACCCUGUUUUGAUAGGCACUUCUAUCAUAAGCUCCAUAUGGAAGUGGCUUUAUUACCUGGAUAUUGCGGACAAGGAGGCCGCUGCUGUACUUUCGGGAGCUGGAAAGUCCAAUCUUUCUCAUGUAGUGAGAGCAAUUACACCCUCUGUAUUAGAGAGAGAUGGCCAUGAUUCAAUAAACAAGAAAGAUCUAGAAUCUCAAUGUAUCGAGCUCCUGGUCUUGUGUCGUCCCGAACUAGUUCCGGGAACCAGUUGGAUCAACGUGUCCUUGAAAAUGGGGAUUGAUCCUGGGAAACUAGCCACUGAAUAUCCUGACCAAUGUUUAAAUCAAAUUCUACUCGCUACAGGCGAUCCAAUCCGCAAUAAUAUAGCUGAAGCUCGACAGGCGGCUUGGAAUGCUGCUGCAGAUCUAGGCUUUGUUGCACCAGAAGUGAUGAUACCAAAGCUUGUAGCUCAGUUCUGUGAGGAUCUCAAACCUGAAAGAAUAUCCCAAUUUUCGGCUACAGACAUCGCUAUUGCUCGUCAUACCGGGGACACUCCGUUUAUUGAUGUGUUGGACACCAAGGCUAAGAAUUUGCCCAACAAAAGCGCUAAGGAUUAUGAUACCCUCAAGUGGGAAGAGGAAUUGAGGGCCGAAGUUGCUAAAAAGCAUGGCCAAAAACAGAAGAAACUGACUGCUGAUGAGCAGGCUAAAGUCAAAGCUCAGUUGGAGAAGGAAUCAGAAAUCCGUGACACUGUCAAUUCUACCGAAGUCAUGAUCAAAAGAGGGGCGGGAAUAAUCAGGAGCUUGGCAAACAGUUCUCCAACUGAAGCUGACGGCUGGAUUAACCCUGCUUGUAGCUCUCUGUGCAAACUGGCUCAACUUGGAGGGGGAGUCAUAGUUGGUGACAGCAUAUCUUCAGCUCUCAUGGCUUGUGGUAAUAAGGUCUCGUCUCGCAUUGGAGAAAUGAGGCCUUUUGUUGCCAUUGCAACCCUUAGAGCUGUAGGGAAAACGUUUUUGAGAAGUGAACUUGAAACGGAGCCACUUGGAAGUAAGUUAUACCCCUGGACCUUAUAUAUCUUGAAAGUACUGCUAACUUUAUGCACGUUUGCAGGCCUAAUAACCCGGAUAUUAUACCGUCUUCGAAUCCUAUCAGAGCAGCGCCCUCUUGAUGGAGUUUCUCUUGGCUAUAUACUCCCAUUAAUCUUCAUAGUAUUGGAAAACAAUGGAAUUGAGGAGUCAAAGGAUGACAGUGGAGAGCAGGUUCUCCUAGCUCUAGAAUUUAUAUCAUUUCACACCAACUCGUUUUCCGAUGUGCGAUUGCCUAGAAUUGAGACUCUAGGACACAUUAUCAACGCCAUGCGAAAACAUACGGCACAUUACAAAUUAUUGAGAGAUGCUCUCUCUGACCUUUGUAGGGCUAUGGCGGCAAAUAUACAACCCGACGAGCUUGAAGUGUUACUUCGAGGCUCAAUAUCUCGUGAAAUACCAGUGCGAACUGCUGUUCUUCAGAGCAUAUUGUCCGAAAUAGACUUGACUGAUAUUGACUUCUCCGUAUAUAUAUGGAUUGCAUAUCAUGACAAUGUGGCAGAGAACGCUGAGAUUGGCAGGGAAAUCUGGGAAGAAAAUGCUCUGGAUGUUGACGAACAAUCUCCUGAUUUAGUUAUCAAACACUUAGCCAAUGAUGACUUGUCUCUACGAUCAGCCGCAGCCCUUGCCCUUGCCCAUGCCUGUGAGCUAUGUCCCUCCAUUUUCUCCGAUACUUUGAAAAAGUUGGAGUCCAUGUACCGGGAACAAGUACAUACGAAGCCUGUACAGACCGAUUCAUACGGCAUGCCUAGGAAGGCUGAACAAGCAGACUCGUGGGAAAUCCGGAGUGGAAUUGCCCUAUCCUUUGGGGCUAUGGCUAGUGGUUUCAGUGGGGACGAUAUAGUAUCGUUUUUCAGAUUUUUGAUCGAUGAAGGUCCUUUGAUCGACCGAAAUGCAUCUGUUCGAAGACAGAUGGCCGAGAGUGGAAGUGCUGUUAUUACAUCGCGUGGGCGUGAGAAGGUUGAGGAGCUGAUGAGCAUCUUCGAAACGGCAUUGGAAACGUCUGAUAAGGAAACCGAGCAGUCAGAUUGGCUUAAUGAAGCAGUCAUCAUUCUCUACGGGUCUCUUGCGCAGCAUCUAGUUGCGGGAGAUAAUCGCAUUCAAAAAGUCACUCGCAAGCUCAUGGAUGCUCUAUCAACACCUUCAGAAACAGUGCAGCUUGCUGUUGCCCAAUGUCUUAUCCCACUCAUCAGGUUAGAUGGAUCAGAUGCUAGCCUUUUUGUGCAGGAAUUGCUCGACCAGCUUUUCACAUCUAAGAAGUAUGCAGCCCGCCGUGGAGCGGCUUAUGGGCUCGCAGGCCUAGUCAGGGGUAAAGGAAUAUUGGCACUCCGUGACUUUGGAAUUAUGUCUCGCCUAACGGAAGCAUCUGAGAAUAAAAAGGAGUCAAACCAACGACAGGGAGCCGUCCUAGCAUAUGAACUGCUGGCAUUUGUUCUCGGCCGUGUAUUUGAGCCAUAUGUGAUACGGAUUGUUCCGCAACUGCUAACAAGUUUUGGCGACCCAAGUAUUGACGUCCGUGAUGCCUGUUUAGACGCCGCAAAGGCCUGCUUCGCAAGCCUAAGUUCCUUUGGAGUUAAGCAGAUUCUCCCGACGUUGCUGGAUGGUCUGGAUGAUACUCAAUGGAGAAGCAAAAAGGGUGCUUGCGACUUGCUUGGCGCAAUGGCCUAUCUUGAUCCACAGCAACUUGCUCUCAACCUCCCAGAUAUCAUCCCACCACUUACAGAGGUCCUGAAUGACAGUCACAAAGAGGUUCGCAACUCUGCCAAUAGGAGUUUGCAACGUUUCGGAGAUGUUAUAAGCAAUCCAGAAGUCAAGAGCCUGGUUUCAAUCUUGCUAAAAGCUCUCAGUGACCCAACCAAAUACACCGAUGAAGCUCUGGAUGCUUUAAUUAAAAUUUCUUUCGUCCAUUACCUUGACGCGCCCUCUUUAGCAUUGGUAGUGCGAAUUCUCGAGCGAGGCUUGAGUGAUCGAUCAACAACCAAGCGAAAGGCAGCGCAAAUUAUUGGCAGUUUAGCCCAUCUUACAGAACGCAAGGAUUUGAUAUCGCAUUUGCCAAUUCUGGUUGCUGGGCUUAAGACUGCUGUAGUUGACCCUGUGCCAACUACUCGAGCAACUGCUUCAAAGGCCCUUGGAUCCCUUAUUGAGAAACUAGGAGAAGAUACUCUUCCAGAUCUUAUUCCCAGUCUUAUGGCAACCCUCAAAUCAGAGGCCGGAGCAGGAGACCGAAUGGGUUCGGCCCAGGCGCUUGCUGAAGUUCUUGCUGGUUUGGGUACGUCACGUUUGGAAGACACUCUACCUUCGCUUCUGCAAAAUGUCUCCAGCUCGAAACCGACUGUCCGGGAAGGAUUUAUGACUCUAUUUAUUUUCCUUCCUGCAUGCUUUGGCAACAGCUUUGCUGCUUAUUUGAACCGUAUCAUUCCUCCUAUUCUUGUUGGCCUUGCAGAUGAGGUUGAAUCGAUACGAGAAACUUCACUCCGAGCCGGCCGACUGCUAGUGAAGAACUUCUCCACAAGAUCGAUUGACCUCCUUCUCCCUGAGCUUGAACGUGGUUUAGCGAAUGACAAUUACCGUAUCCGUCUUUCGUCUGUGGAGCUUAUUGGUGAUCUUCUAUUCAAUUUGACAGGUGCUACUGCCACUGAUGGCGAAGAGGAAAUCGAUUCUGCAAUCCAAGCUGGUCAAUCCCUUCUCGAAGUUCUUGGUGAAGAGAGGCGUAAUAAAGUACUUUCAUCACUUUAUAUUUGCCGCUGCGAUACUUCAGGCUUGGUCAGGAGCGCUGCUAUCAAUGUCUGGAAGGCAUUGGUCGCUACGCCUCGGACGUUGAAAGAGUUGGUACCGACGCUCUCUCAAGUUAUUAUCCGGCGUCUGGGAAGCUCAAAUAUGGAACAAAAGGUUAUUGCUGGAAAUGCUUUAGGAGAAUUAAUCAAAAAGGCAGGGGAGGGAGUACUCUCGACUCUGCUGCCGGAACUAGAAGAAGGGCUCAUCACGUCGACCGACAUCGAUGGAAGACAGGGUAUAUGUUUGGCUGUGCGGGAGCUUGUGGUAUCGUCCUCCGACGAAUCACUUGAAACGUACGAGAAGGCACUUAUAUCUAUUGUCAAAACCGCCUUGGUCGAUACUAACGACCAAGUCCGUGAGGCUGCUGCGGAAGCUUUCGAUGCCCUCCAGCAGGCAUUGGGCAAGAGGAUUGUUGACAGGGUUCUACCAGACCUUCUACAUCUGUUGCACAAUGAAAACGAUGCCGAGCAGGCGCUUGCUGCUCUUCUCACUCUGUUGACCGAAGCCACUAGAGCCAAUAUCAUAUUGCCAAAUCUUAUCCCAACCCUAUUGACCAAGCCAAUUACUGGAUUCAAUGCUAAGGCAUUGGCAUCACUUUCCAAGGUUGCCGGAGGCGGGAUGAACCGAAGACUACCGACCAUCCUGAACACACUUAUGGACGAGAUAAUCUCCACAGAGGACAGCGGUCUUAAGUCAGAAGUUAGCGAGGCAUUCGACGCCGUGCUUGGUUCGGUAGACGAGUUUGACGGUUUGAAUGUUGCCAUGAACGUAAUGCUCGCGUUAAUGAAACAUGAUGACCACAGACGACGUUCAAGCGCAGCCAUCCACCUUGCUACGUUCUUCAGCAACACAGAGAUGGAUAUUUCUCGAUUCUACCCAGAGCUGAUACGAGUGCUUCUGAUCUCCUUUGACGAUCGUGAUAAGGAGGUUGUAAAGGCGGCAUGGGAAGGUCUCAACCAACUAACCAAGAGCAUGAAGAAAGAAGAGAUGGAAGUCCUUGUAAAUCCAGCUCGUCAAGUACUCCGACAAGUUGGUGUACCUGGAUCCAACCUCGCCGGAUUCUCUCUACCCAAAGGAAUUGGGGCUAUACUCCCUAUAUUCCUUCAAGGUUUAUUGAAUGGAAAUAUUGAGCAACGCACACAGUCUGCUCUGGCGAUUGGCGAUAUCAUUGACCGAACUAGCCCAGAGUCACUUAAGGCAUUCGUGACUCAAAUUACAGGUCCUUUGAUUCGUGUGGUCUCAGAGAGAUCCGUGGAUAUUAAAUGUGCAAUCUUCCUUGCCCUUGACAAGUUGCUUGAAAAAAUCCCACUAUUUGUCAAGCCAUUCUUGCCACAACUGCAAAGAACUUUUGCGAGAGGGUUGGCAGAUACGUCCAGCGAAACUUUGCGGACUCGAGCUGCCAAAGGCUUGGGCAUUUUGAUUACAUUAACGCCACGAGUAGAUCCGCUUGUUGCAGAGCUCAUCACUGGUUCCAAGACUACUGAUCCUGGUGUUAAGAAUGCAAUGUUGCGCGCCCUUCACGACGUUGUUGAUAAAGCUGGCACAAAUAUGAGUGAGGCCUCGAGACAAGCUGUGUUUGGUCUUGUUGACAAUGAUUCAGUCGACGAUGAUGAGACUGAGGCUAACGUAGGCAUUAGAAACCGGAUACUGGCAACACAACUGACGCAUCAAUCUAUUCUCCGACUGAACGCCAUCCUCGUCGAAUCGCCUGCUCUACUGAACGAAAACUUCCGUUCAGAGGUUUUCAUAUCCGACAAUGGUGUCCUUGCGGCUGGGAAAUACCUAUUAUCCUCUCAUAUGGACCGCAAGCCUGAGGACGAAAAGGAGGUGUUCGAGGCUUUGGCAGGCGUAGUACAACCUGGUAAACCAGUUGACACUCGACGACUGACACUGGUGGUUCUACGGACGGUUGCUAGGGAAAACCAAGAAAUGAUUGCACGCUAUAGAUCUCUUGUGGUGCCACCUGUUUUUGGGGGAGUCCGUGAUACGGUCAUUCCCGUAAAGUUGGCUGCCGAAGCUGCCUUCCUGGCCAUCUUCUCCGUCGUUGAGUCUGAAGGCGAGGUCUUCGAAGAGUACAUGAAGGGCCCCGGAGCAGAGCUUCCAGCUGGACCCAAACGCAGCAUGCAAGACUACUUCAAGCGUGUGGCCCUCCGACUAGGAGGCCAAGCUAGGGAGAGGAGAGAAGCCGAAGGCGGCCAAGGCGGCCUAGGUCUCUCGAGCGAUGAGAUAGAAGAUGAAAAAGAAGUCUGGAGCGUGGGCAAGGUGGAUCUUGGGGAAUCAUUCGGUGAUGACUAG